AUGCCUGCCACGACCGCCGAAACGCUUUCUUUUGUCAACAAAAAUGUUACAGUUGCCCCUCUCGUCCUCCUCUCUGUCGUAGACCACUUUAAUCGGGUAGCAAAGGGCACACGGAAGCGAGUCGUCGGUGUGCUGUUGGGUCAAAACGAUGGAAAGAAUGUGCGGGUUUCAAACAGCUUUGCAGUUCCAUUCGAAGAAGAUAGCGAUGAUCCGUCCGUUUGGUUCUUAGAUCACAACUAUGUAGAGAACAUGAACGACAUGUUUAAGAAGGUCAACGCCCGAGAGAAGUUAAUAGGCUGGUACCACUCAGGACCCAAGCUGCGCGCAUCCGACCUUCAGAUCAACGAACUCUUCAAGAGAUAUACACCAAACCCUCUACUAGUCAUCAUUGACGUCCAACCUAAGGAGUCUGGCGUUCCGACAGAUGCAUAUUUUGCGGUAGAGGAGAUCAAGGACGACGGCACAACCACAUCCAAGACCUUCGUACAUACACCUUCCACCAUCGAGGCCGAGGAGGCGGAAGAGAUCGGUGUUGAGCACCUGCUCCGGGAUAUUCGUGACGUAGCUAUCGGUACUCUGUCGACGCGAAUCACAAACCAGCUACAAUCGCUACAAGGACUACACCUCCGAUUACGUGACAUCCAAGCAUACCUUCAGAAAGUUCAGGACGGCAAAUUACCAGUGAACCAUGCAGUCUUAGGAAACCUCCAAGAUAUUUUCAACCUCCUACCUAAUCUAUCGACACCCAAGCCUGGUGUUGACGGAAAGAGCGGUAACGUGGGCGAACUAUCUUAUGCGAUGAGCGUCAAGACGAACGACCAGCUCCUCGCCAUCUACCUAAGUAGUUUAAUCCGCGCCAUCACGGCUUUCCACGACUUGAUCGAGAACAAGAUCCAGAACAGACAACAACAGGAAGAGAAGGAGGCGAAGGAAGAAGCCGCCGCGACGGCAGGGAAAGACGAUAAGGAGAAGAAGGAGAACGGCGUUAAUGGCGUCGGGGGUGAGACUACGGAGAAGAGUAGCGACAAGGAAAAGAAGAAAUAG